AACUCCGUGAGUGUUUGUUUAAUUUUUUCUUCCUUCCAAAAGGAGCGAGCGAAAGACUGACAGGCAGUCGAGAAGGAAAUAGGCAACAGGUCAAACGCAACGUUGCUCGAUCGGAACUAGCCACUCUCGGGGAGAGAGAGAGAGAGAGAGAGAGAGAGAGAGAGAGAGAGAGAGAGAGAAUGAUCUCCGACGGUGUUGAAGACGAAGACAAAUGGCUGGCGUCUGGGAUCGCCGGCCUUCAACAGAACGCCUUCUACAUGCAUCGCGCCCUGGACUCGAACAAUCUGAGGGACGCCCUCAAGUACUCCGCCCAGAUGCUCUCCGAGCUUCGUACUUCACGCCUUUCCCCUCACAAAUACUACGAGCUUUACAUGAGGGCGUUUGAUGAAUUGAGAAAGCUGGAGAUGUUUUUCAAGGAGGAGACUCGGCGGGGCUGCUCUAUUAUUGAUCUGUACGAGCUUGUGCAGCACGCUGGUAACAUUUUGCCCAGAUUGUAUCUCCUUUGUACAGUUGGAUCUGUGUACAUCAAGUCUAAGGAAGCUCCUGCGAAGGAUGUCCUUAAGGAUCUUGUGGAAAUGUGCCGUGGCAUACAACACCCUAUACGUGGGCUUUUUUUGAGGAGUUAUCUUUCUCAGGUCAGCAGGGAUAAAUUACCAGAUAUUGGUUCCGAAUAUGAAGGGGAUGCUGACACUGUCAUGGACGCCGUGGAGUUCGUCCUCCAGAACUUCACAGAGAUGAACAAACUAUGGGUGCGGAUGCAUCAUCAGGGACCUGCUCGGGAGAAGGAGAGACGAGAAAAGGAAAGGAGUGAGCUUCGCGAUCUUGUUGGGAAGAACCUGCACGUCCUCAGUCAGAUUGAAGGUGUUGACCUUGAUAUGUACAGAGAAACUGUGCUUCCCAGAGUCUUGGAGCAGGUCGUCAAUUGUAAAGAUGAGCUUGCCCAAUACUAUUUGAUGGAUUGCAUAAUUCAAGUAUUUCCUGACGAGUACCACUUGCAGACGCUUGAAAUCUUGUUGGCUGCUUGCCCCCAGCUUCAGCCGUCCGUUGAUAUCAAGACAGUGCUUUCGCGGUUAAUGGAAAGGUUGUCAAAUUAUGCUGCUUCAAGUACAGAAGUGUUACCUGAAUUCUUACAAGUAGAAGCCUUUGCAAAACUGAACAAUUACAUAGGGAAGGUGAUUGAAGCACAGGUUGACAUGCCUAUCGCCGGAGCCGUGACUUUAUAUUCAUCUCUUCUUACGUUUACACUUAACGUCCAUCCUGAUCGGCUUGAUUAUGUAGACCAAAUAUUGGGAGCAUGCGUUAAGAAACUCGCCGGGAAAGGAAAGCUGGAUGACAGCAGAGCAACAAAACAGAUUGUUUCACUUCUUAGUGCACCCUUGGAGAAAUAUAAUGAUAUUGAGACUGCGCUGAAGCUUUCUAACUAUCCUCGUGUCAUGGAGCACCUUGACAAUGGAACAAAUAAAGUCAUGGCAGGUGUUAUCAUUCAAAGCAUCAUGAAAAACAGGACUAGUAUUUCUACUUCUGACAAGGUUGAGGCAUUGUUUGAAUUAAUAACUGGACUUAUCAAAGAUUCAGAUGAGAAUCUUCAUGAUGAGAUUGACGAGGAGGAUUUCCAUGAGGAGCAGAAUUCGGUUUCACGUCUUAUUCAAAUGCUGUAUAAUGAUGAUCUGGAAGAGAUGUUAAAGAUUAUAUGUACUGUGAGGAAGCACAUACUGACCGGAGGACCUAAGCGGCUUCCUUUCACUGUUCCUCCCCUUAUUUUUAAUGCUCUCAAGUUGGUUAGACGACUGCAAGGCCAGGAGGAAAAUACUGCUGGAGUAGAGGUAGCAACUGCACCAAAGAAAAUUUUCCAGAUUUUGAAUCAGACAAUUGAGGCAUUAUCAACUCUUGCAGUACCUGAACUCGCAUUGAGGUUAUACUUGGAAUGUGCGGAGGCUGCAAAUGACUGUGAUCUAGAACCUGUUGCCUAUGAAUUCUUCACCCAAGCAUAUAUACUUUACGAAGAAGAAGUCUCGGAUUCAAGGGCACAGGUGACUGCAAUACAUCUGAUUAUAGGUACCCUUCAAAGGAUGCAUGUAUUUGGUGUUGAGAACAGGGAUACAUUAACACAUAAAGCCACCGGGUAUUCGGCAAAGCUUUUGAAAAAGCCUGAUCAGUGCAGAGCUGUUUAUGCAUGUGCUCAUCUGUUUUGGGUUGAUGACUCCGAUAGCAUCAAGGAUGGAGAAAGGGUGUUGCUUUGCUUGAAACGUGCUUUGAGAAUCGCAAAUGCUGCUCAACAAAUGGCCAAUGCAACAAGAGGUAGCAGUGGAUCCGUUUCUCUCUUCAUCGAAAUAUUGAACAAGUAUCUAUAUUUCUUUGAAAAGGGGAAUUCAGAGAUCAGUGUUUCUGCAAUUGAGGGCUUGAUUGAGUUAAUAACAACUGAAAUGCAAAGUGACAAUACGACAUCAGAUCCAGCCGCAGAUGCUUUCUUCGCGAGUACAUUGAGAUACAUCCAGUUCCAGAAGCAGAAAGGGGGCGCCAUGGGUGAGAAAUACGAGGCCCUUAAGGUGUGAUUAGCGGGAUGAGAAUCAACAAUCGGGUAUCAACAUACUAUUCUGAUCAACAUACUAUUCUGUUCAAUUGGAGGUUGAAAACGAUAUUCAAGCUUUUGAUUGCAUAUACACUUGGAGAAUAGGGCACGGGGCUGCUAUAUUUUUGGUGGAAGAAGUUGCCUUUCAUGCCCUAGUUUGAUGCAAUGUGGAGCACAAGUGAACAGUAAAAGUCUGUAUAUGUUUAACCUACGUUGUCACGGAUGUACUGCCUGUAGUUUCAGUACCGUUUGUAAUGACACUACUGAAUCAAGUGAGUAGUCAUUUAUUUGACCAUGAAACGUCUCUGUUGUUUAAAGCAUGGUAACUCUUCAUACAUGUCGUAAUUUUAGUGGACUUCAUCCUUUUGUUAUUCCUUUCGAUAGGAGGUGAUAAUGUGGCAGUCUGUUUUUUGUAAGUUGAGCGAGGCAUUCUGAAACAUAUGUUUUCUGAAAGGUGAUUUGUGCAUCAUUUUUCGUUCUC